GUGAAACGUAUUAUGAUUAAAUACAGGGCUGCAUUGUGCAGUCGAUAGUAGACAUCGAUACACUGUCGAUACAUAUGAUGUCGAUAACAUGGUUCAAUUAAAUUAAAAUUGAGAUUAUUAUAAUGGUAAAUACGGCAAAAUACUUUGCCCUGCUGGAGAGUUUAAGGUUCGAACAGGCUCUAGCAAAUAAGACACACGAGAGUCAGUUGGGUGCCGGUUCCACGAUUGCACAGAAUUUGAACAUUUUGGAGAAAUAUGCCAAACAAAAGGUUAACCAAGAGCUGCAUGAGUUAUGUACAUUAUUCCAGCUGACAGCCGAAGAGGAGGCGACCAUAGAUUGUUCAGAUCCCGCCAUAUGCUACAUUAUCCGCCUUCAGCAUGCGCUCCAAAUGCUCUUUUCGAACAUUAACUUUGAUAGCGAUGCCAAGGAAGACCUUAUCUCGGUGGCACAUCUUAAGCUGUGCAUUCAAGCCACCCAGGAGCUGUCAUACUAUGCACUCCGCUGCCAGCUGCACGAGGAUUUCCUUAAAUCACCCAUUUUCCAAGAGGCACAAGGAAAAGUCAAGUGUAAUCCCUUGCUGCUGCUUCUCAGCGUUCAGUUCUAUGUCCGAUUGCUGCCCAUACGUCAAUUCCACAUAGCCAAUUCCAUGGAGCUGGUGCAGCGGGAUCUGCUGGCGGCCACUAUGAGUCUGCGCAGCCAAAUGGAUCAUCCGCAGCUGGAGGCAAUCCUUGGCUAUCUCUGGCGGCAUGAAUCCAAAUCGGAUUUCUUUCGACAUGUGCUCCUCCUGAAGGCCACUCCACUGUGCGCACCUUUGGCCAAGACACUACACCAGCAGCUGCUGGGAAAGCUAAACUCAACGCAGGGCUAUGCCAGCUUUGUGGAUGCGCUGCAGCAGACACCGAAUGUGAGUGCCACGAGAAAUGCAGAGAUCGUUGCGGGUAUCGUGGCCAGGAAAGGCUUCACACAAACAGCUCAGCAUGCUAUGAUACUUCAGGUUCUGGAGUUUUGUAGUGGCUCUCUCAAGGAUGCCAACAGAAUGUGUGUGGGUGUCCUGUCCCUGCGCAGGCUCUACGAGUUGGGUUCACAUAAUCAGCAGAAGAUUGAGGCGAUUCUGUCCUCCCAUUGGCAGCUGCUCAGCGACCCCGAAGAUUUGAUAAGUGGCCUGAUCCUGAUGGACCACGAGGAGCUGUGCAAUCGCAUCCUACUCUGGCAACAUCUAUUCUGCAGCUCUAGCGUGGCCUGUCUGCCGAGUAGCCUGCUCCUACGAUAUCUACCACUGCUGCUGCAGCUGUACGAUGGGCUGCCCAGGGAACUGCCUGCCAAGAAGCAGUUGGCUGUGAUCAUAUCCCGCUGUCUGGACAAUCUGGAGCGGGAAAAGGAGCUGCCAGCGGUCGUGCAACGUCUGUUCAAGUGGGAGCUCGAAGAGGAACCCAUCUGGCAGUGCCUACACCAACGCAUAUUGAUCUUGCCCUCCACAGAAACGGAUCGGAUACAGGUAAAAGUGGCACCUGCGGAUCACCAGCUGGACCACGACAUGGGCCGGGUGCUGCCCAGUCUAUUGAUGUCCAGUUCGCAUCAUGCCCUAACCUGCAACGUGUUCCUGGCACUUUUGGGCUUCAUGAUUCGUCAGUUGCAGGAGAAAUCCCCAAGAGGCGUGGAUUUUCUGUCCACGGAAACGGAACUCGUGCACUUCCUGCAGCACAAAUAUCAGUUAAAGCUGAAUCUACUGAUAGCCCUCAAUCAAUUGGUGUCCCAUCAGCCGCUGCGCGCACAGCUGUCGAUGCACACCAAAGAAUUCCUGCAGCUGCUUAAGGACUUACUGCAGCAGCGAUUGGCAGCAGAGGAGGAGGCCACUGACCAGACCCUACUGCUUAUACUCAGCCUUUUGCAGGAGCUGCUGGAACGCAGUGAGGACCUGCAGCUAACCGAAAGCACAAGAGAACUGCAGGCGCAACUCCGACAGCUGGGAUCGCUGUCAACCAACCGCUUGAUCCAGCAAUCCGUUCAAUCUCUGCUCAACAUAUUGCAAGGCGAGUGGCGGCCCAGUGAAGCUCUUAAGCUGCAGCCAUUUCAGAAAGCGCGCUCCCUCAUCGAGGAAAAGGAGUCCCAUCUGCAGGUUUAUGGCAUCCAAAUGUUGUUGGACCUACUGCAGCGCAAGGAUCCGGCAACGAUGGCUCAGGGUCAUGUAAUCAUAGCGCUGGCCCUCAGUACGCUCAAGGAUAAGGAGUCCUAUACGUUCCUCAAUUGUGUGCGUCUCUUUGUGGCUUUGGUUCAUGUGAUGGAAGCGGAAGUGCUGGACAAAUUGAGUGACGAGUAUCUGUCGGAGACAGCCGAUCUGGACUAUCGUCUGGUUGUGGGCGAGGCUAUUCUCAAGGCCGCCCAGGAGCUGGGUCCCCUAUGCUAUCGGUACAAGGCUGUGCUGCUCAAUUGCUUCAUGCAUGGCUCGCGUUCGCCUCUCCACGAGUUUCGCAUGUCCGCCUUUGCCAAUCUCGCGCAGCUGUGCCGCCUGCUGGCCUAUCAGGUGCAGAACUUUUUCCAGGAGCUGCUGGAUCUCAUCAACAGCGAACUGAGUGCCACGGGAGGAUAUUUGCCCGCUAAGCGAGCGGCUGUCUUUGUUUUGGCUGAACUCUUGAAUGGCAUGGAUAACCUCUUGGAUUACCAGGAAAUGCUGCUACCCAUUUAUCGGCUGCUGCGAGCCAUUGAAGCGGAGGACUCCUGUGACCCAGCCAUGCGUCAGCAUGCAGCCAAUGGUCUAAAGAUCUUAAAUGACAAGUGUCGGCAGCUCAUAAAGAACUGCCUAGAGGCGAGGGAACUGCACAAGGAUAUAAAGGUAAUGGGCAUUAAGGAUAAGCCACCUGCCAGGAGAAAGCCUCACAUUUUGGAACUGAAUUGAAAGAUUUUAUAAAAUAAAAUAACUU